CUUGGCGCCGAUGUCUGUGCUGUCCUCCGGCUCUCUGGUCCACUCAAGGAACAGUAUGCUAAGUUUGCAGAUGAAGAAACAGUCCAAGAAGGUCUACCUGCAGUGAAUUAGUAGAGGAGCUGGAACCUGCCCCCUUCUUGCCCUGGGGUCCCCGUCGAGGGCCUGUCUUGCAGUCAGUGUCCCUGGUGGAGGGAAGGCCAGCCAGGGUGGUCUGAGCAGUCCCUUGUGUCCAGAUGGAUGGAGUGAUUCUGUUUCCAGAGGAGCACGACUUGGAUUUCCAGAGACUCCUGGAUGCCAGCGCCUACAAGGAGGCCUUUCGGAGGGACAUGAUCCGCUGGGGGGAGGAGAAGCGCCAGGCCGACCCCGGCUUCUUCUGCAGGAAGGUUGUAGAGGGCGUCUUCCACCCUGUCUGGCUGGUGAGUGACACACGGAGGGUGUCGGACAUCCAGUGGUUCCGGGAGGCCUUUGGGGCUCUGACACAGACCGUCCGUGUGGUAGCCUCGGAGCAGAGCCGACAGCAGCGGGGCUGGGUGUUCACCACAGGGGUGGACGAUGCUGAGUCCGAGUGUGGUCUGGACAACUUUGGGGCCUUUGACUGGGUCAUUGAGAACCAUGGGGAUGAGCAGCGCCUGGAAGAGCAGUUGGAGAAGCUGGUAGUGUUUGUCCGCUCCAGACUGUAGCUCCAGGUCCUGUGAGCACUGGGGCCUCCCUGCCUCUGCUGACUUUGGUCUCUAAGGCGGGGGAAAGACAGAGGGCCUGGGUCUAGGUUUCUGGGGGCCUGGCAGACAUCAGACAAGUCAAGACACCCCCAGGGACCUCAUUUCUUUGUACAGAGGACAGUCCUGCAUCUUUAGGAGGAGACUAGAGGGCAAAAGGGGGGUGAACUGGCUGUGCUUGACCUUUGUCCAUGGUGCCAGGCCUGUGAGCCUGUGCAGCCUGGCUUCCCUGUCUGGAUGCGCUCAGCCCAGGGCUCCUUUGUGUACUAAUAAACCACCUUGGAGCACA